UGGAUGGAGCGCGCGGCGGGGGAGAGUCAUAACAGCGCGCGCAGCGGGACAGAGGCGCGAGCCCCGAGCGGUGCACGCGAAAACAUACGGCAAACCACACGAUUACGGGUUUGCGGAUCUACGGCGUCUUUUUAAAGCAUCGGGAAGUUUAACAACAGUUCGGAGUUUUUGCACAGGAGUCGGUCGAGUGAUUGGGAGACGCUAACGUUACUUUUGAAGAAACUCGCUUUGCGUUCUGGACUUGGAAAAAGAAGUGACGGUACGAACGCGCAAAGUGACGGAAUCGGAGCAGGCGCGUCUCAAAUCGUUUGCUUGCUACCGAGGAGCUGAAAGUUCAAAGAGCCACCCCGAGUGAAAGAACAAAGAAAAAACAUGUGAGAUUUUACGUUAAACGGUUGUUUGAGAAGCGCGAGCACGUUGCUUUCGUCUCCGCGGAGAGAAAUACUUUCCCGCCGCUGGGUUCGCGUCGUUUCAAAAUGUCCGAUGUUGGAUUAUUUCUUUUGCUUCAACUUCAGAGAAAACAAAGGAACAUGUGUAACCUGACUCUCUGUGUUUUACUCUUCCUGACGUGUUCCUGCUCGUCCUUAUCUUCAUGCCCUGCCCAGUGCUCCUGCGAAACCUCGGCGGUGAGCUGUGUGAGCCAAAACUUGACAUCCGUCCCACAGCCCCUUCCAGAAAACAUCAUCACGCUUAACAUAAAUGGAAACGAGAUAUGGAAUCUGAACAGUGAAUCUUUUCCCAGGCCGCUGGAGCAUUUAACAAACCUUUACGCGUCUGGAAGUCAAGUGGAGCAACUGGACUCCCUGGCGUUUAAAAACUUGCCACGUUUGAAGUUGCUCGACCUCAGCAACAACAGGAUUUUGGGGUUCAGCGUCGAGGCUUUGCCUAAAGACAACAAGAUCGAGGUUCUAAACCUCAGCAGGUCCUUAUACAAUCACUCCUACGUUGGCGUGCUUGCAGAUGUUUUCACGCACCGCCUGCCUAAGGUUUCCCAUCUUGAUCUGUCCAGUAACGACCUGGUGCUCCUUCCGGAAGGUAUGUUCACGGGCUUGUCGGACCUCACCGUUCUGGAUUUGAGGAACAACUCGCUUGUUGCAAUCAGCAAUGACACGUUUUGGAACCGGGCGCUUAAAGAGUUGGACUUGCGAGACAAUGCGUUGAAAGUCCUGCCCAACGUGACCCUUGAGAAGCUCAGCUCGGUCCCCGAUUUGCGAGUCAGACUCGCGGGAAACCCCUGGCGCUGCGAUUGCAAUAUCGAGGACAUGUUGAUUUGGUUGGAGAGGCAUCAGUUUGUGGUGGACCGAUUAAAUCUGACCUGUUACAGCCCGGCAGGACUAAAAAAUGUCUCGCUUCUAACCUUGGAACAACCGCAGCUCUCGUGCUGGAGCGACGACGGACAUGCGAUGGACCGCGUGCUGGAGCCCUCCUAUGUGUUCUUGGGCAUGGUUCUUGCCCUCAUCGGGGUCAUCUUCCUUCUGGUCCUUUACCUUAACAGGAAGGGAAUCAAGAGGUGGAUGUACAACAUCCGUGACGCGUGCAGAGAUCAUAUGGAGGGAUACCAUUACAGAUACGAGAUCAACUCAGACCCGCGGCUAGCCAACCUCAGCCUCAACUCCGAUGUGUGACGGGACACUUGCACGAAUGGCACGCAACGAUCAGACUCUAGCUUUGCAUGAAUACAUAUAUAACUGUAGAGGUUUGCUGUGACAUGCAUUCUUUUCCGUCGGAUAGGGCGUUAACUGGAUUUUGCAAGCAUCAACCCCGUUAUGCUCACUGCAGGCUCGUUCAUAUAUGCUGGCGUGUUGCUAUAAUGUUUCCAGUGAUGCAUGAUCAAGUGCAUACGUUUAAAAUUCAUGUUUGCCUUUUCAUAAAAGCACAACGGACGGGACUGUGGAGGAAGUCCUGCUUUUUUCCGAUGAAUUACAGAGUAACCUGUCUUUUAUGUCAGAACUAUCGUUUUUUUUUUAUCGUUUCAUUUAUUCUGCAAAAAAAAACAAAACUGUUCCUACUGCCAUGCAUGUAUUUAUGUAUUUUUUCAUUGAUGUAAAAUUACGGCAAUAUCCAAUUUUUUUAUGAUGAGUUAUUGGUUUUUAUAUCUACAUUUUGUUGGCUGGACAUAGAUCAACUCUUCUAGGGGAUGCCCUGUUGAAUUAAAAGUCUUGCACAUA